CAGGCCCGCGUGACGUGGUUUAUUAUGGCAACAGUUCCAGGCAACUGCCCAGGAGCCGGCACCUCCGCCUUUGCCAGGUGCGGGAGGCGCAGGGCGCGGGGCGCGAGGAGGGGAGCGCGCCAUGGGCUGCGGACCUUCCCAGGGCGCGGAGGACCGGACACCCGCGCGCACGCCCAGGAGGGGCUGGGAAGACGGAUGCAAGGCCGAUAUCAGGGUGAUGCCUGAAAGGGCGGAUCACAGUCCCCAGACCCAAGGGGCACUGCCCCAGGACACUGUGGACAGUGCAGAGUGUCUGGAGCCACAAGCCCUGAUGGGAAGUUUACCUGGAACCAUUCCAGAAAGUUCUCCAUCUCCUGGGAACAGAAAUAAAACAGUAAAUUCAGACCCAGUGACCAAUGGAUUAAUCAAUAAACUGCAACCUUUAGAGGACAGAGAGCGACCAAAGUCAUCAGACAUCCUGGAGGAACUAAUGGUUCAAGGAAUAAUACAAAGCCACAACAAAGUAUUUAGAAACGGAGAAUCAUACGAUGUUAUGGUGGACACAACUGAGAAGCCAGUGAGAAAGCCACCAGCGAGGCUGAAGAAACUUAAGAUCAAAAGGAAUGUAAAGGACAUCACAAUGAAGGACAUAGAAGAAAAGAUGCAGGCCGCAGAGGAGCGCCGAAAGAGUAAAGAAGAAGAAAUAAGAAAAAGGCUAAGGGGUGAACGACCUUUGGCCCCAACCAAUCAUUCAGACUCUGCUGCACUGGGCAUAGCUGAGGUUCCCCUUGCCAAAGGGCCUCCAACCGAGAGUUCUACCCCAUCCACACUGUCUGACCUGCAGGGAGGAGAGCCUCUGAGGAGGAAGAAGAGGAAGAGCGAGGUGACCCUGAUUGAUGGAAACUACCCUUAUGAAAGUUUUGGGGUUGUGGAGUCAGACAUGUUCUACAAUCGAGAAGAUGACAUCUUCUAAGAAGUCAGCUUUUGUGCAUUUCAUAAAAAGGGGCUUGUUCUUCCCCUAGUGCAUCUCAUGCUUUUUGUAGGUGUGAACUCACCCACUGGGUCUUCUAGUGUGAGUUAGGAAACAUUAAAUGAGCAGCUUGGGCUAAUAGAGUGAAUUAAAUGAUCUCAAAAAAGAAAAAAGAAAAGCAAGACAUAUUUGAGCAGCUUAGAUAUUAUAAGGUGAUUAUUCUCCUUCAAAGUGGCUUCAAACAUUCCUAGCCAGCUUUAAUUUAUGAGUCUCUUCCAGCUUACAUGAAAGUGCUUGUGCCAAAUGAAUCCCUCUGUCCUUCCUCACCCUUGGCAGUGGCCACUAAUGGUCAUUUAUGACAAAUUGCUUGGAUUUGCCUUCAGUAUUUUAAUAGUUUGCUUGAUUUUUGUGCUACAAAUUUAGCUUUGUUCACUUUAAUGAUUUGUGCUGUCAAGGAAUAAAGCGAUGUCUUGGAGUAGGUCAGAGUACAGUUUCAUCCCUCAAUUUCAGUAAGUGAUGUCCAGUUCUCAGAAUUAUGUAACAUUAUGGAGCUUUCUUUACAUUGAAAAAGAACUUCCACCAGAAGUAGAAGGGUGGGAGGGGGCUGAAGGACACCCUGAUACCAGGUCUUCUUUUUCCCACCAGCGAUCUGACCCGAGCAGUUUGCUGCCCUUGUUAUGAGAAUUCCACCUUGUGCCCCCCCCACCCACAUCCAACCAGUAGCUGGUCUUGGGAGUCUACAUUCUGGGGAUCUCUUGCAUCCUUUUUGUAGUCAUCUCCUGUUGCUGUCUAGUUUACACCACUUCAUCCAGCACCAUACAAUUGAAUCACAGCAGUUCUCUCAAGUUUGCAUGGUUGUGAUCUGUUUAAGACCCCUUAUUGGCCACCCUUCAUAUCAAGCUAGAGGCCAGAGUCCUUCUUAAAGAUAAGGAUCUCAGGUUUUGGAAUUCACCCA